UUGGGGCGGAGAUUUCUCCUUUGGAGUGGCUUCUUGAUGUGUAGCAUCUCAAAUAUUGUCCUAGUCUUCACUUUGCAGAACAGAACAGUCACAGCGGCCUUCAUCACCCUUAUUUUGACUAUCCUCUUCUUCCUGGGCUACAUAUCAGGACCAGCUUCCGUUCUUGUUCUGAUUAUCGGUGAAUUAUUCCUCCAGUCAUCCCGAGCGUCCGCGUAUGUGCUUGCAGGAUUAAUCAGCUGGGGAAUUAAUUUUGUCUCGCUGAUGCUGUUUCUUCUGACUAAUUCCUACCUUGGAUCCUACUACUUGGUCCUUUACUGGCCUUUUAUAAUCCUCACCCUUAUUUACAUUUUCUGGGUGAUCCCGGACACCACCAGCAAGACAUUUGAAGAGAUCCAGGAGAGCAUAGAGGCCCGCAGAGGCCCUUCCAGAAAUUCUAGAAAAAUAACAGCUGAAUCGUCCUUCUCUCUUCAAAAUUGAUCUGGAAUUUAAAGAUGAAAUAAAUCAGAAGCUCU